GGCAGUUCAUUCAUAGAUACUGUUGUCAUGAAAAAGACAAAUGUGAAUUAAAUAUUUAAUUAUUUCUAGUAUAAUAAUCAAAAAUACUCGUCGUACAUUCAGUAAAUCACAUUGUGUAAUUUAAAUAGAAAUUCUUUUAUACAACAUUUGGGAUUUUUAAUAGGAACAUAACCUAACGUACGAAAUAACCUUCGAAAUAAGGAGUUUCUUUUUGUUUCAACAAUGAUGAGCCAAGGAAGCCAAAUAGAUUGUAACAUAAAUAUAUAUUUUGUUAUUCCAAACAAAUAUAAAUCUGAAAAUGAAUGUUCUAUUCAUAUGUUAAAUGCUUUUGAUAGAUGCUGUGAUUAUAAUAUUAAAUCUGUAUGGAUUACUGAAGAGGAUUGUCAAGAAUUAAAACCUGAGAAGACAGAUAUAUUAGUAUUAGAAGAAUUUAAAGGCAGUAUUUUUGAGCAAUUACAGGAGUUUAAGUGUUCCAGAAUAGUUGGACCAAGAUGUUUAUUAACAUGUUUUUUAAAUGGAGAACCUAUUCCGGAGGGCACAAGUCCAAUUUUUACGACAGCCAUGAGAGGACUUUGCAUAUGUGUAUCCGGAUUGCCACCGGAUAUGAAAGUUCAGAUACAACAAAUGGUAGAAUACAUGGGAGGUUAUUUUACUAAACAACUACGUAGUUGUGUAACGCACUUAGUUACAAAUUGUGUCAUGUCUGCAAAAUAUGAAAGAGCUGUAGAAUUGAAGAUACCGAUUGUUACAAAAGAUUGGGUCAUAGCCAUAUGGGAAGAAAAUUUAAAUAAUUUUAUUGAAGCUAAGGAUCCAACAUUUGAUAAAUAUAAGUGUCCUGUAUUUAUGAAUUUAGUUGUUACGUCAACAAAUUUAUCCAAACGACAAAAGGAAGAAAUUAAAAAUUUGAUCAAUAGUAACGGAGGGACAUUCAUGGGUCCAUUAGAUGGCUUAAAAGUUAAAAUUGUUAUUGCACCAGAAAAUAGUUCAUUAACUGAUAAAUUAACAUUUGCUAUGCAAAAUAAUAUAGCAUGCUUAAAACCAGAAUGGGUAUAUGAAAGUGUGAAACUUGGUUACGCUUUACCGUUUAAUAAUUAUCUUAUUAAAUCUACUAAAGCAUGUUCAACUCCAGAGAAAACGCGAGCAUCUGAGAUGGAAAGUUUAAACUUUUCGACAAUAAGUACCAUUAAUCGUGAAUUACCACUAAACAAUUACGUAGAUGAAAGUUUAGCAUCAACAAAUUCUAGUGCUUUUAAUUUAGAUUCUGCAGUGACAAAAAUAGUAGGUACAGAGCUUGCAGUUUUAGAACGAUUAUCUCUCAAUGAAGCUAAAUUGGCUGGACCAUUUUUAGAUGGCUGCAAUAUUUAUCUUGCCGGAUUUACAAUGAAUCAAAGGGAUAAACUCAAUAGAAUUUUAAAUGUUGGUAGUGCAACACGUUUGAAUGACAUAUCGGAUGCUUUAACGCAUGUUAUUAUUGGAGAUGAAAAUAAAGCUACUAAUGAAAUCAAAUUAAUGAAAUCAUCAGGAUUAUGCCCACAUAUAUUAAACAUUAAUUGGAUAGAAGAAAGUAUGAAAUUGAAAAAGCCCGCACCAGAAGAACAAUUUUUAUUUUUCAAAUCGAAAGGUAGUAUUACGAAGACGAACAACGAACCUCCUCCUUCUCCUUUAAGUAAAAAGAAUUUACAAAUGUUGCAACCACCCAAACGACCACCAAUUCCACGUUUCGAUAUUAAUAAAACAUCAAAGGAACAAAAUGAAGAGGACAUUUUAAAUCAAUAUCUUCAAAAUAUUGCUGUAUCCGAUAAAUCGGUGGAAGAAUUUUUAAAACCUUAUUCUGACAUCACUGACAAAAAAAUGGAAAGAUCCAUGGAACCUAGGACAAAUAUAAAAAAUAAUCGACGAAAAAUAAUGUCAGAAAAUAGAGAGUCGGUAAAUAAUAGCACUAUACCAUUUAGCCAAGAAGAACCAGAUGCUACUCAAAAAAUAUUUGCUGGUUUUACAUUUGUUAUAAUUGGUUUCAAUGAUGACGAAGUACAGGAUAAUGUUAAUGGUUUAGGCGGUGAAGUUGUAUCAAAUGCUUAUUCAGGAAUCCCAGACUUUGCUGUUGUGCCAAUACAUGGAGCACUACUUAGACACGCAGUUAAUGAAAUUGUCACUGAUCUAUUUGUUGAAGAUUGUAAAAAUCAAGAACAAAUAGUUGAUAUAGAAUAUUAUCAUAAACCAUUUUCUAUAAGUAAAGAUAUAAAUCCUUUAAGAGAUUGUAUCAUUACUUUAAGUAUGUAUACGGGAAUAGAAAGAAUGUAUCUUUCUAAAUUGGCGGAAGAACUUGGAGCUGUAUGCCAAGACAUACUUGCACGUAAAACAAAUAUUGAAAAAAAUACUUACGCUAGUACUCAUUUAAUUUGUCCUUCUCCCGAGGGACAUAAAUACAAAGCAGCAGUUAAAUGGAAAUUACCAGCUGUUACUGCUGAAUGGUUAAAGGAUUGUGGAACAAAAUUGAAACGCUUAGAUGAAACACCUUAUCUUGUUGGAGAAACAAUAGCUCCAGAAAGACCUCCAGAAUCACCGAAUGUGAGUAAUGUAAAAGAAAAUUCAUUAAAAUCUGGUACGUCUACUCCUAGAACGAUUCUUACUCCCAAACGACUUUUACCUCAAAUUAAGAAUCAAGAAGCGAAUAAUGAAGACACUCCAUUGAUAAAUAAACGACUUAGUUUAGUUAUGAAUAGUACACCGCAAUCCCCAUUUCAUGUAUCAACACCAGAAACACCUUAUGGUCAAGUUUUUAAACCAAAUCCUUCUCCAGAUACCAGAAAAGCAUGGGUCAAAUGGGUAAACAAUUUUCCAGAUUUACGAGUAGAAGAACCCCUUCCAAAAAGAAGAGCUCCCAGUACACCACUUUCAGAGUUGAAGAAACAGUUAUGGGAACAACUCAAAAAUCAAGGACAAAAGACAGAGGAAGAAGCUAAUACUUCAAUGUCACCUAAAUGUGAUAAUAGUAAUAAAGAGUUAUCCAAAAAAGAUGAAGAGAACGAUGAUACAACUUUGAAAAAUAAUGCAAUUAAUAGAAAAUUACAUUUCUCUCAAGAGAAUAGUCCAAUUGCAAAUGCACAAAUAAAUCUUCAAAUAGCUCAGUUGGAGGAAGCACUUCAACGGAGUUCAAGUGCUGAGAACAGGCAAUCAAUAUCUAAUGAAAAUAAAAGAUACGAACAUACAGAACCUUCGGAUUCUCUUCAUAAAUUUAUUUACAAAGAUUCACAGCCAGAUACUGUAGGAUGGGAAGAUCCUGGUUUUCGCAAACUACUUAGACCUUCCGCAGUACGCGAGGAAUCGGGAUCUAAUGAAGACCUUCAUCAAGUUGACAAUAAUCGAAGUAAUCUUAAUUCCACUCAAAAUAUGUCAAUAGAGGAUCAAGAUGACAAAACCCAACCUUAUUUUAAAAGAAAAUUCAUGCUUUCUGGAAUAAAAGACAGAUUAAUCCACGAACAGGUAAUAAGAAAACUUGGUGGAGUUGUAGUUACUGAUCAGAAUUUUGAUCCAAGUGCAACACAUUUAAUGUGCUUGAAAUUAUCGAGAAAUGAAAAAUUGCUCGGUAGCAUAGCUGCUGGCAAAUGGGUUAUACACUGCAUGUAUUUGCGAGAUUCUGAAGCUAAUGGUAAUUUCUUGGACGAAGAAAAAUAUGAAUGGGGUAAUCCAAAAAGUAAAGGAAUUAUACCGGAUCCUGUAGGAGAGGUGAAUUGUGCAAUAGCAGCAGCAGCUUAUAGAUGGAGACUAAAAUUACUAAAGGAACCUCGUGGUCCAUUUCAUGAUAUAGUGGCCCUAUUAUUUGCAUCAGCAGAAAAAUAUGUUCAAUUUGAAAGACUUAUCGAGGCAGGGGGUGGUACUGUUGUAGAGGCUAGCCCUCCUUACGACGUAAGUUCUUCAGGAAAAAAAAUAACUCAUUGUUUUGUAAAUACAAAGCAGGUCCAACAACCAAUCGAUUGGGCUAGACUAGCUAGUAAAGGGAUUCUGUGUUUUUUCCCUCAAUACUUAAGCGACAUACUUACAUCGGAAACUCCUUUGAAUCCUAAAGAUUGUGUCAUACCUGAGUUUAAGAAAUAUCUUUCCCUUUUACCGAAAUAAUAAUUACGAUCUAAAUA